CGCGGCGCUUAUAAAGUGGCCCUCCGCGGGGUCAUAAACAAAAGUCGCUCGGCUGCCAGCUGGAGCUGCGGAGCGCACGCCCAUCCUCUGGGCUCUUCUUGGCUCCCGCAGGCGCUGCCGGCCUCUCUAGCCACCGACUCCUUUUGCAUUCUCCCAGUGCUGUAGGCAGGUGAUAGCAGCAAUAUGUCACGGGAGCUUCAGGACGUGGACCUGGCUGAGGUGAAGCCCCUGGUGGAGAAAGGGGAGACCAUCACUGGGCUCCUGCAUGAGUUCGAUGUCCAGGAGCAGGACAUCGAGACCUUACAUGGCUCCCUGCAUAUCACCCUGUGUGGGACCCCCAAGGGAAACCGGCCUGUCAUCCUCACAUACCAUGACAUCGGCAUGAACCACAAAACCUGCUACAACCCGCUCUUCAACUCCGAGGACAUGCAGGAGAUCACACAGCACUUUGCCGUGUGCCAUGUGGAUGCACCUGGGCAGCAGGACGGGGCUCCCUCCUUCCCAGCAGGGUACAUGUACCCCUCCAUGGAUCAGCUGGCCGAGAUGCUUCCUGGAGUCCUGCGCCAGUUUGGGCUGAAAAGUGUCAUUGGCAUGGGCACAGGCGCUGGCGCCUACAUCCUUACCCGCUUUGCUCUGAACAACCCGGAGAUGGUAGAGGGCCUCGUCCUCAUCAACGUGAACCCUUGUGCAGAAGGCUGGAUGGACUGGGCUGCUUCCAAGAUCUCUGGAUGGACCCAGGCCCUGCCGGACAUGGUGAUGUCACACCUCUUCGGGAAGGAGGAAAUGCAGAAUAACGUGGAGGUGGUGCACACCUACCGCCAGCACAUCCUCAACGACAUGAACCCGGGCAACCUGCACCUGUUCAUCAAUGCUUACAACAGCCGCCGGGACCUGGAGAUCGAGCGGCCCAUGCCUGGAGUCCACACCGUGACACUGCAAUGCCCUGCUCUGUUGGUGGUUGGGGACAGUUCUCCUGCUGUGGACACCGUGGUGGAGUGCAACUCGAAACUGGACCCCACGAAGACCACUCUGCUCAAGAUGGCGGACUGUGGCGGCCUUCCACAGAUCUCUCAGCCAGCCAAGCUCGCCGAGGCCUUCAAAUACUUCGUGCAGGGCAUGGGAUACAUGCCUUCUGCCAGCAUGACCCGCCUGAUGAGGUCCCGCACAGCCUCUGGCUCCAGUGUUACAUCCCAGGAAGGUUCCCGCAGCCGCUCCCACACCAGUGAGGGCCCCCGCAGCCGCUCCCACACCAGUGAAGGUCCCCGAAGCCGCUCCCACACCAGCGAGGGAGCCCACCUGGACAUCACCCCCAACUCGGGAGCCAGUGGGAACAGCACUGGGCCCAAGUCCAUGGAGGUGUCCUGCUAGGCAGGCUGUGCCAGCCACCCUGGACUCAGGGCUCUGUAGCAGCCUCCCGUCCCAUCCUCCCUGCCCAGGCCUGCCACCCUGUGCUAACUCGAUAUUAAUCCAAAGCUUAUUUUGAGAGUGAGCUCUGGCCGUGACAGAUUGGGUCUUUCCAGGGCCCCUUGUUGAACGAGGGUGAGAUGGCAGGGGGACAAAGGACAGAAGCAGCUCAGUGUCCUGUUUUCAUUAACCAGUGGCCUGGUUGCCACUCUCGUACCUGCCCUCAGACGCCAAACUGCCGAAACCAAGCAACGCAGAGCAGCGAAUGCUUCCCCGUCCUGGCCCAAGCAUCCUGGCGGCUGCGGUUUAGCAGCCCACCUACUACUUCCUCUCCAGCUGAAGCCAAGACGCCUGGGGUCCUGGAAAUGAAUCCAUCUCUGACCAGGGAGGGCCAGACCAGUGAAUUAUAGGGCCGUCUUUUAAGUACAUAAAACAGGAAAUGGGGAGAAAUUCUACUUUAAGUGGAAGCUAGAUGCAUUUGGAAACACCCAUGAAGUUCGCUUUCUUCAAAUCAGUUUUUAAAAUUGGUGCAUAUAUGAACUUUUGAGUGCCGGAGCACAUGUGCCUGUUUUUCUGACCUCUUUUAAUGUACGGUAAAAUCAGGCAGCAUACUCUGCCAGCUUUACAAAGAAACAGCUCUGGUGAACUUCGGCACUGUGGUGUUCUAAGGCUUUAAUUCUGCUGUCAUCUCUCCCACGGCUCCUUCCUCCUGCCCUAGUCCUGAGUGAUUAGCUUUGGUCAUGUGGAGGGUCUUUAGAUCUAUGGUUGCUUUCUUUGAAAUGGAGGCAAAUAUUCCGGCCAGCUGUUUCAGGCUUUGAGUCUCUGUUCAGGAGAGCAGGCAAGAGGCCCGGAGACUAAGAGUUAAGUGUUUUCCAUGGAAUCCAGUGUCAUGAUUUCAGCGGGCCCAGCCUUUACCCCAGGAAUCUUGUGUGAAUGAGUGAAAUCCUAUCUCCCCUUGUUCACUUCUGAGGUUAACUUUGAACCUGAUUGCUGACUGUCUCUGACCCAGGACUGUUAGGUAUCUUCAGAGAGAACUUUCUGCUCGUAUACGGGAUGGGAAUUUAUGUGGGUCUUGGGCUGAGAAAAUGUGGGUUCCGGGAUCUCUGUUCCAUGGAGAUGCCUUUCCCUGUGCCCCUUUCUGCCUCUUUAACCUCCUGCUGCCCGGGCUGCACCACUGACACUCCGAAAGAUGCCUCCUGGCUGUGCACUGUCCAUACUGCUGCCUUGUGACUUCCACUUCGGCUAACCUUGGAUUUUCUUAGAGCAAGUUUGAUCAGAGUGAAUCGAACAUUGUGCAUCAGCCACUGUGAUUUGGGGACUCCCAGGACCCUAGAGUUGGUAGAAGGAAGUAGUCACAUCUUUUAAGUGGCUGAGAGGUAAUAAUUCAGUUUAGCUGCCAGCCACCACCUUGGAGGCUUCCCUGACUGCAGAAACGAUCUGGGACCUGGGAGAGAGUGGCUGAGUGCAGACCGGAAACUAUCGUACAAGUCUUUUCAGAGGAGUUUCUUAACGAGAUAUUUGUAUUUAUUUCCAGACCAAUAAAUUUGUAACUUUGCAA